CCACAGUUUUGUGCUCCAAUGUGCUUCACAAUGCCGACCAUUUCUCCUCCACAAGCUUCCCUCGCUGCUGGCGCUCCCAUUGCGCCUAAAAACAAGUCCAAAUAAAUCACCAGGAAGAACCUCCCUUCCUUCCACGUCUGAGGAAUUAAUCUGACAAUCUCCUCAACAAAACCCCUUUUUUUUUGUACUAAAGACGCCGUCCAUUUUUGUGGAAGAACAUCUGCUGCACCUGGCGGGAUGGAGCCGUCUCAGUCGGAGAUGAACAUCUUAUCCAACGGGAAAAGACACGACCACGGAGACGAUGUGGGCGUGCCCGUGAAGACGUCGCUGGAGGAAGAUCAAAAUGGCACUCAGACUAUCAGGUUUGAUGACCCCGAUGGAGCUCUGGAGAAUGAGGAGUUUUUGCCAAAUGCUGAUGGAAAGAAACCCGUGCGAUUCACUGACUUUGAAGGGAAAACCUCCUUUGGCAUGUCCGUCUUCAACUUGGGGAAUGCCAUCAUGGGGAGUGGAAUCCUGGGACUGGCCUACGCCAUGGCCAACACCGGCAUACUCUUCUUCCUGUUUCUUCUGACUGCAGUGGCGGCCUUGUCGUCUUAUUCCAUUCAUCUGCUGCUCAAGUCCUCUGGCAUUGUGGGAAUUCGAGCAUACGAACAGCUGGGCUUCCGAGCUUUUGGUAUUCCUGGAAAAAUGGCGGCCGGCAUUGCCAUCACUCUGCAGAAUAUCGGAGCCAUGUCCAGCUACCUGUACAUCGUGAAGUCCGAGUUACCGCUGGUCAUCCAGGCCUUCUUGAAGGCCGACCCCAACGCAGACUUGUGGUACUUAAACGGCAACUAUCUGGUCAUCAUGGUGUCUGCCAGCGUCAUCCUGCCCCUCGCCCUCAUGAAGCAGUUGGGUUAUCUGGGCUACACCAGUGGGUUUUCUCUCAGCUGCAUGGUGUUCUUCCUCACUGCGGUCAUCUACAAGAAGUUCCAGAUUCCUUGCCCGUUUGAGGAGUUCUCAGUCAACAAAACGCUGAGUCUCAACCUGUCAAGCCACAGUGUUGAUUACGGCCUCGCUCACCAAGAGGACGAGCACCAUUGCACCCCGCGCAUGUUCACCAUCAACUCACAGACGGCCUACACCAUCCCCAUCCUGGCCUUCGCCUUCGUUUGCCACCCGGAGGUCCUCCCCAUCUACACGGAGCUCCGCGACCCGAGUAAGAAGAAGAUGCAGAAGGUGUCCAACAUCUCCAUCUUCGUCAUGUACACCAUGUACUUCCUGGCAGCGCUCUUUGGCUACUUGACCUUCUAUGGGAACGUUGAGCCCGAGUUGCUGCACACUUACAGUCGCAUCGAUCCUUACGACACCCUCAUCCUGUGCGUACGAGUGGCCGUCCUCACCGCCGUCACGCUCACCGUGCCCAUCGUGCUCUUCCCUGUGCGUCGAGCCAUCCAGCAGAUGUUGUUUCCCACCAAGUCUUUCAGUUGGUUGCGUCACAUCGCCAUCGCUCUGGUGCUGCUCACUUUCAUCAACAUGCUGGUCAUUUUUGCUCCCAACAUUCUGGGCAUCUUUGGGAUCAUCGGAGCCACGUCUGCGCCAUGCCUUAUUUUCAUCUUCCCGGCUGUCUUCUACAUCCGCAUUGUUCCCAGAGACAAGGAACCCAUCAACUCCAGGCCCAAAAUCCUGGCCGCCUGCUUUGCCGCCUUGGGCGUCUCCUUCAUGAUCAUGAGCCUGAGCUUCAUCAUCAUGGACUGGACGACGGGGAGCGGCCAUGCCGGCGGCGGCCACUAGAAGCUGUGUGAGUGUGGAAAAAGAAGGAAGAGAAGGAAAAAGGCGGGCAGUGGAAGAGAGUCAACUCACUGAAAAGAAACCACAUGAAGCCUGGCAUUUGCUAUGAAAUAUCUAUAUUUUUAUAUAUUCCAUAUAGAGAACAAAUAGUACAUGUGUAUGGAUAACAAAAUAAGAUUUGACACUCAUUGGCCACUCUUACUUACUGGUACUGUAAGGAAAAAAACUUCGAUCACAUCGCUAGUUGAUGUAAACAAACAAGUAGAGGACAGGCGUGGUACAGGAGUGUGUAUUUAUACUACUAUUAUGGUUUUUUUUUCAUUUCAAAAGGACUACAGUAUAUUUAACUACAGGUCCAAAUUCAUUAGAUACACUCCUGAUCCAAAUGUUAAAACCGGUUGGUCAAUGUGAAGAACGUCCAUGUGGCAGUGGUGGAUCUUAAGGAGGUUCUAAGUAGAGCUUGAAGAUGCAAAAAAAAAGAAAUGGGAGUGAAAUAGGCGAAGAGGACAGCCUUUAAAAGGUAAAAUAUUAGGAAAAAAUGUGGAUACACAGGUGGGGUACACCCUGGACUGGUCGCCAGCCAAUCACAGGGCACAUAUAGACAAACAACCAUUCACACUCACAUUCAUACCUAUGGACAAUUUGGAGUCGCUAAUUAACCUAGCAUGUUUUUGGAAUGUGGGAGGAAACCGGAGUACCCGGAGAAAACCUGGGAGAACAUGCAAACUCCACAUAAAGAUGGCCGAGGGUGGAAUUGAACCCGGGUCUCCACGCUGUGCGGCCUGCUAACCAAUCGACCGCCGUGCAGGAACGAGCAUUAGAUAACCAAAUAUGGGACAUUGAAAAGUGGAGGAAAGUUAUGGCUUCCAACGUUACUUGCAUGACAAUGAGAUCCCACCUGAGAGGUUUUCCACCAUCAUCAUCCUUCAAUGGAGUUUCAAGUCGUGCAGGGGCGUCAAACGGCAGAUUUUGUUGCAUGACUGAAGGCCCUGGUCUGUGUGGUAAUUACUUCUGGCUCUUUUGGACCAUCCAAUGGAGAACAUUUGGGGAUGGGUUUACAAAAAUGGACAUGAGUUCCAGACAGUGAAGCCAUCUUCAGCCCCAGAAGCAACAUUCCCACUGGCCUCCUGGAAAGACGUUUUAGCUAGUUGAAGCCUUUAAUGCUGCUAGCAAGAAAUUGAUUACUCGUUUUUUUUUUUUUUGUCUUGCUUCCAUUUCUUCAUUUUGCAUUUUGAAGCUCUCCUUGGAACCUUCUUAAGAUCCAACAGUGCCAAAUGUACAUUCUUCAGCUGCUGUUAAGAUUUAGAUCAGGCGUGUAUACCAGUGGUUCUGGAACGUUUCACACCAAAAAUCAUCUCAGUUUGUUUUUGUUUGCCACCGUUUUUCUUACCUCAGCUCUAAUCAGCUUGUGGCAUAUAACAGUAAAGAUGAAUUAACAAUAGUCAACAAUAAUAUGAAACAUGACUUUAAUUUCUUUAAUAAAUUUGUAUUUGUAUGAUUAUUUCAUGUAUAUAUUGCCAAUAUAAUUUUAUUUUAUUUUUAAAAAUCUCCUUUGUACCACUAGAUGGCACCCACAUUUUGAGAAUAUGAUUUGUUUUUUAUUCAUCUUAUGAUGAAUCAUUGAUCAGAGAUUUUGGAAUAAUUAAUAACUCUCUUUGGAGUUAAGCCCAAAUGUAUUCAAAUCUUAACUUUCUUGAACAUUUUUAUGAGUUAAUUCUUCUAGAAAUGACACAAGAAAGUGACUUUUAUGUGAAUUAGGCCAGGGAGUGUCAUUAUUCUGGGUUGAACUGUCAGUAAAUGGUCAUUUAGCUUUAUAAGGAGUUUGUAGUCAUUCUUAAAGAGACAUUUUAAAGACAUAAUACCAAAAGCACCUUUGAAACAGUUUACAGUAACCCCACACUUCAUCGCAAUUAAUUGGUUGUAGACCUGCAAUAUGAGUAAAUAUUAAUGUCUGACUGAAGGCAUGUCUGUCUCAGCCAUGGCGUGUCCGUCUCUGCCAUGACAUGUCCUCCUAGUCCAUGGCAUGUCUGUCUCAGCCAUGGCGUGUCCGUCUCUGCCAUGGCAUGUCUGUCUCAGCCAUGACAUGUCCUCCUAGUCCAUGGCAUGUCUGUCUCAGCCAUGGCGUGUCCGUCUCUGCCAUGGCAUGUCUGUCUCAGCCAUGACAUGUCCUCCUAGUCCAUGGCAUGUCUGUCUCAGCCAUGGCGUGUCCGUCUCUGCCAUGGCAUGUCUGUCUCAGCCAUGACAUGUCCUCCUAGUCCAUGGCAUGUCUGUCUCAGCCAUGGCGUGUCCGUCUCUGCCAUGACAUGUCUGUCUCAGCCAUGGCGUGUCCGUCUCUGCCAUGACAUGUCUGUCUCAGCCAUGACAUGCCCUCCUAGUCCAUGGCAUGUCUGUCUCAGCCAUGGCGUGUCCAUCUCAGCCAUGACAUGUCUGUCUCAGCCAUGACAUGUCCUCCUAGUCCAUGGCAUGUCUGUCUCAGCCAUGGCGUGUCCGUCUCUGCCAUGACAUGUCCUCCUAGUCCAUGGCAUGUCUGUCUCAGCCAUGGCGUGUCCGUCUCUGCCAUGGCAUGUCUGUCUCAGCCAUGACAUGUCCUCCUAGUCCAUGGCAUGUCUGUCUCAGCCAUGGCGUGUCCGUCUCUGCCAUGGCAUGUCUGUCUCAGCCAUGACAUGUCCUCCUAGUCCAUGGCAUGUCUGUCUCAGCCAUGGCGUGUCCGUCUCUGCCAUGACAUGUCUGUCUCAGCCAUGGCGUGUCCGUCUCUGCCAUGACAUGUCUGUCUCAGCCAUGACAUGCCCUCCUAGUCCAUGGCAUGUCUGUCUCAGCCAUGGCGUGUCCAUCUCAGCCAUGACAUGUCUGUCUCAGCCAUGACAUGUCCUCCUAGUCCAUGGCAUGUAUGUCUCAGCCAUGGCAUGUCCAUCUCGGCUAUGGCAUGUUCGUAUCAGCCAUGACAUGUCCGUCUCGGCUAUGGCAUGUUCAUAUCAGCCAUGACAUGUCCGUCUCUGCCAUGGCAUGUCCACCUCGGCUAAGGUAUGUCCGUCUCAGCAAUAGCAUAUCUGUCUCAGCCAUGGCAUGUCCAUCUCGGCUAUGGCAUGUUCAUAUCAGCCAUGACAUGUCCGUCUCUGCCAUGGCAUGUCCACCUCGGCUAAGGCAUGUCUGUCUCAGCCAUGGCAUGUCUGUCUCAGCCAUGGUGUGUCCGUCCCAGCCAUGGCAUGUCCGUCUCUGCCAUGACAUGUCUGUCUCAGCCAUGACAUGUCCUCCGUGUCCAUGGCAUGUUCGUAUCAACCAUGGCAUGUCCGUCUCAGCCAUGGCAUAUCCGUCUCGGCCAUGGCAUUGGGUGUAACUUUGCUGGUUCAUGCAGCGUAAAAUGUCAUGUCUCAUAACAUUACCAAGGCUUGGCAACCACAAUACUACAUAUAACAUGUAUGUCAACAUGUCAAUAUUUUGGGACUAUGAUAGGCCAUAGUCAACCAUGAAACAGUCAUCAUUUUUAAUUAUUUGAAAAACCAAGUUAUACUGAGGGAUUACCGUAGUUGGUGUGGAUUUUUUAAAAUGUAUCUUAUGGGGAACUACUUUAAAAAACUCUCUAAUGCGAUGUGAAGAUGAACCCACUGGUGGGUUUUUUGAAUGCAAAAAAAAAACAAAAAAAAACUGAGCUCUUCUGAGGCAAAUAUGUCGUCUCCUUGGUGACGUUAUGUGUUCUGAUGAGUAUUUUUCUGUUAUUAUUGUCAGCAUGUGACUUGAUGAGCACCCUUUCAUGUCUUGGCUGCUGAAUCCUGUCACAACGAUGCUGAUUUUUAAUCCCACACAUUACAUACGAACAUGCAAUCCAUAAACUGAAAGUGUAUACAAUAUACUUAUAAAAUAUUUCCAAAGAGAUAUUUUCCACUGCUGCUCGGACCUACAGAGGCUUUUAUAUUAUAGCAACAGAUGUCACAUUUUAUUUAUGCACAGCUUUAUUACUGUAUAUGGCUUUUAGCAGGCUGCAUUGAUGCUUUAUGAGAUAUUUUCACUGAUAAAUUAUGAUGAAGAACUCAAGGAAAUCAUUGUCCGUCCCUUCCAAUGUAUUUGCAGUUAUUCAGUGUUUCUUUGAAGGGAUCAUGCCAAAAUGACAACAAACUACCUACUGGUUUAAAAAAAAAAUGCCUUUUCAACUCAAACCAUACAUGCAAGCUUGAGGAAUGACAGCGUAGUUUGUCAAACGUGCAUUUCCUGGACCUGAUGCUGUCCAUGGCGCCUGGCGGUGCCAUGAAGCACCCCCGUCUGUGGAAAUGUCAUAUUCCGACUUCAUCAAUGGCUUUUUUUUGGUGAAUAAGACGUGGCUUUAUAUUGAUGAUGUAUAGAAAUGUAAACAUUUUAUAUUUGUCAGGCAUAUUCUCAGUAGACUGUAAAUUGUAAAUAGCAUCGACCGUUUUAGUUUGGCAAUUAAAUCAUUAAAGAUGUGUUGUUUUUCCA